AACUUCUCUUCAGUCUGGUUUUCUCUGUGAGCCUGGUUUAUCUACAUCACAAAAGAUGUCUUCAGGAGGCCAGCUCAUGAGCAGUAGAUGCUCCUCACCCUGCGAGGUGACCUGCCCAGAGCCAUGCGCUAACACCUGGAGCCAGCCCUGCGUCACCUCCUGUGGGGACUCCCGUGCUGUGGUCUACCCACCGCCUGUGGUCAUCACCUUCCCAGGCCCCAUCCUCAGCUCCUGCCCUCAGGAGAGCUUCGUGGGCACCUCGUUCCCAUCACCCAUUGGGGGGUUUUCAGGGCCAAUGGGCUCUGUUGAAUCAGGGGGUUCAUUUGGUUCUGGGGGUUCAUAUGGAGGAAGCAGUUCAUUAGGGAUGGGUGGCUCAUAUGGUGGGGGCAGUUCCCUGGGGAUGGGGGGCUCGUACGGAGGUGGCAGUUCCCUGGGGAUGGGGGGCUCGUACGGAGGGGGUAGUUCAUUUGGCUCUGGGGGCUCAUAUGGAGGAAGCAGGUCAUUUGGGAGCUCAUACAGAGGCGGAAGAUCCUUUGGCUCCAGCUCCUAUGGUGGGGGCUUUGGGGGCUCCUGUGGAGGAGGCGGCUCCUAUGGUGGGGGCUCCUUGGGAGGAGGCCGGUGCUUUGGUGGGGGGAGCUCUCAGAGUGGUGGGGGCUACUCUAGUUACAGGAGAUUUGGCGGAGGAAGCUGUAGCUCCGGUUGUUUCUGAAGGGGCAACGUCUCCUGCUCCAACAGCCCUGGGCUGUGAUAGCCUGGCAGGGGAGGCUGCAACCCGGUGAUGGCCAAGUGAUCGACUUUGCUGGCAUGCGUGGAGCUGCAUGACCUCCCAAAGCUCAGGGAAAUGUCCUUUGUGCUCUGCGUGACUGUCUUCACCAUGUAUCCUGUGCUUCCCUGUCAUUAAAGCUAUGUUGCAUUCAAA